AUGGACUCCAAAUUUCACUGUUACGCUGACGACAUCCAAAUUUACAUCUCCACAAAACAAAUCUCGCACAGCACCGAAUCCACACUUCACAACUGCCUCAGUGAAAUUAAAUCCUGGAUGCAAACAAACUAUCUUCAACUCAACAGUAACAAAUCGGACAUAAUCAUCAUCGAUCCUGCAGCUCACAUCAAAGACAGUCAAUUUUCCCUCACCAUCAACAACUGCACCCUGCGUCUCUCAACACAUUCCCACAACCUAGGUAUCAUUUUCGACAAUAAACUAAGAUUCGACCAGCACGUCAACCACAUCACCAGAACUGCCUUCUUCCACCUCAAGAACAUUGCCCGUCUUCGUCCCUCCCUCACUUUCUCCGCUGCUGAAACCCUCAUCCAUGCCUUCAUCACCUCCAGACUUGACUACUCUACCACUCAAGAUCAGAAAGACAAAUCAGCAGGAGAGGAGCGACGACAUCGGGAUGCAAAUUUUCAUCUCGAAUUCUCUUUGUGUACAGGAAGUGUAAACCGAGCAGGGCCGGUCCCUGCCUUCCUCAGGAGCCCAGCCGUCAUCCCACCGUCACCUUUGGAUAUGAAGCCCUUCCUACAAUUUCCCCUGGAGUCGCCGCACCCUGCCACUCUGGGUCUCUUCCACAACUUUAAUACAAUGGACCCCGUCCAGAAAGCCGUAAUGACGCACACUUUUGGGCACCCCAUGGUGAAGACCAAGCGACCCGUAAUCUCCUGCAAUGUCUGUCAAAUUCGGUUCAACUCAGAGAGUCAGGCAGAGGCUCACUAUAAGGGCAACAGGCAUGCUCGCAGAGUUAAAGGCAUCGAAACGUCCAAGACAGCUCGUCUUCAAGAUGGCGACAAGCAGCACCCUCCCCCCACGACUUCACCCUCCCCGUCAGGCCCGUCACCAUCCAACCUGGAUCCCGAUCCUAAUAAGCAGGACGACAACCGAUCCUGUCCCACCUCUGAGUCAUAUUUGACCCCAAGCCACCAGACACAGGCAGCAAGUUCAGCGGAAGCAGAGUGUCCCUCCUUAGCAUCUACGGGCACACCUUUACCAUCAUCCCCUUCACCGGAUGCCAUCAUCAACACGCCACUUGCAGACUCAGCAGGGCCAAAUCUUCCUGACACCCCAUCUCCAGCACCCAGCCCUCCUUCUGGAGAGUCCGAGGAGGAGAAAGCUAAGAAGCUCCUCUACUGCUCCUUAUGCAAAGUUGCAGUUAAUUCCCUCUCACAGCUGGAGGCUCACAACAAAGGUACAAAACACAAAACAAUUCUGGAGGCACGGAGUGGACUGGGGCCAAUUAAAGCGUACCCACGUCUAGGUCUGAAAGGCCCCGAACAGGGUGGGGAGCUGUCGUCUGACCCCAACACUCAGGAAAGAACCUUCCACUGUGAGAUCUGCAAUGUCAGGGUCAACUCUGAACUACAACUUAAACAACAUAUUUCCAGCCGUAGGCAUCGAGAUGGAGUUGCAGGGAAGCCCAAUCCUCUACUCAGUCGCCACAAGAAGCGUGCUGACUUUAUGGAACUUCCAAAAACUCUUGGGGCAGGACUUUUACCAAAUCCUCUGGCUGUUGCAGCAGCCAUGGCCGCUGCGGCAUCCUCAAAUCAGCUGGCACUUCGUGCUCCUGGACCUCCAGCCCAUCCUCACCCCCAUCACCAUCUGCUCCAGGGGGCACCCCUCAGCCUGCUGAGGCCCGCUCCGGGGCCCAUACGCACUACGCACGGGCCAAUUCUCUUCACUCCGUACUAA